GGUUGAGCACGCCCAUGUUCCUUGUGUGCAAUUGCAUUGGGAGGGGUCUAGCACCUAAGGCGCCAUUGAAUUGUUUUGCCGGUGGACAGACGCAGAAUCACCGCGGCUGUGCGCAAUUCAGAGAAGCAAAGCGGCCGUCGGCUCUCUCCCUGGAUUGCAAUAUUCUAACAAUCGAGUCUUUUAGUUUUCAUAGACCAUCUACACUUUACCGACAACAUGAGUGAAAUCAACGUAAAAAAGCUUAAAGUGAACGAGUUGAAGGACGAGCUGAAGAAGCGUCAGCUUUCCGACAAGGGAUUGAAGGCCGAGCUUAUGGAGCGGCUGCAGGCCGCGCUCGAUGCCGAGGCCCAGGCCGAAGAGGUAGACGCUGUCGCGGCAGAAGCGCCAAAAGAAAACGAGGCCGAUGGAAACGGUGUUGCAGUCGAACAAGAAUGCAUAGGCGAAGAAGAGCCAGAGGGCGAGAGCAUGGAGGCCGAGGAGCAAAAUGGAGACGGUGGUGAUGCUGCUGUUUUAGGUGAUGGCCAGGACGACGAAAUGGGCGAAGAGGAGGAGGAUGGGGACGCCGGCGUGGAAAUGGACAAAGCCUUCGAUGAAGAUGAAGAGGAGGACGACGACGACGAGAUAAUUGACAAAAUCGACGAUGAAGACGGUGAGCCUGAAUCUCAUCCAUUAGAGGGGGAUGCGGACAAAGACAUCAGUGCUGAUCAGAAGAAUAAGAAGGGUGUUAAGAGACGCCGAGAGGAACAUGGAAGGGGCUACUUUGAAUUUAUUGAAGAAAGCAAAUACAGCCGGGCCAAGUCUCCCCUGCCGCCUCUGGAGGAAGAGGAUGAAGAGUUUGAUGACACACUGGUCUGCCUGGAUCCCUACAAUUGCGACCUUCAUUUCAAAGUCUCCCGAGACCGAUACAGCGCCUCCUCCCUUACCAUGGAGAGUUUUGCUUACCUUUGGGCAGGUGGCCGUGCCUCUUAUGGUGUAAACAAGGGCAAAGCCUGCUUUGAAAUGAAGAUCACUGAGAAAAUCCCUGUCAAGCAUUUAAACAGCAAAAACAUGGACUUCCAUGAUGUCCAUAUUGGCUGGUCCCUGGCUAAUGGAAGUCUUUUGCUGGGUGAGGAGGAGCAUUCCUACUCCUAUUCAGGCAAAGGGAAGAAGACUUCAAACUGUGUGACUGAAGACUAUGGGGAGAGUUUUGAUGAAAAUGACGUCAUUGGCUGCUUCAUUAAUUUUGAAGCAGAUGAAGUGGAGAUUUCAUUUUCCAAAAAUGGCAAGGACCUUGGUGUGGCUUUCAAGGUCAAUAAGGAGUCCUUGGCCGAUCAAACCCUGUUCCCCCAUGUUCUUUGCCACAACUGUGCUGUUGAGUUCAAUUUCGGCCAGAACGAGACACCAUUCUUCCCUCAGGUGGAGGGUUUCACCUUCCUGCAGCAAAUUCCUGCAGAUGUGCGUAUCAGAGGACCUAAGGGACCUGAGACCAAGAAAGAUUGCGAGGUAAUCGUUAUGGUUGGCCUUCCUGGAUCUGGAAAAACUGCUUGGGUAAAGAAACAUGUUGAAGAGAACCCUGGGAAGUUCAACAUCCUCAGCACCAACACCAUCUUGGAGAAGAUGAUGAUUGGCAGCAUGAAGAGGCAAAACAAAGACACAACAAAGCUCUCGGCCAUCUCUCAGCGUGCUCCCUUGUUCCUGGGCAAGUUUAUUGAAAUUGCAGCCCGCAAAAAGAGAAACUAUAUAUUGGAUCAGACGAAUGUCUCUGCACCGGCCCAGAGAAGGAAGAUGUGUCUGUUUGCUGGCUUUCAACGCAAAGCUGUAGUGAUCUUCCCCACAGAUGAGGCCCUUAAGGAGAGAGCUCAGAAGAAAUCGGAAACCGACGGCAAAGAUGUACCCGAACACGCCGUUCUAAAAAUGAAAGGUAUCUACACAUUGCCUGAGGUUGGAGACUGCUUCUCAGAGGUCACCUAUGUGGAACUGCAGAAGGAGGAGGCUGUCAAGCUCUUGGAGCAGUACAAGGAAGAGAGUAAGAAUGCUUUGCCACCAGAGAAGAAAGCCAACCAGGGAUCCUUGACUCCCAGAAAGGGAGGUGGACGUGGCAAAGGGCCUAAGAACCAGUUCAGUAGAGGUGGUGGUCCAGGCCCACGUGGAGGCAGAGGUGGAUUCCAGCCCCGUGGAAACUUCAGAGGAUUACCAGUACCACCUCGUGUUGGCGGUUUUAAUCGCCACCCACGUGGCUAUAUGCCACCGCCGCCACCACCACCCGUCUACCGAGGAGGGUUCCACAGCCGAGGCAGCUUCAGCAGAGGUGGAGCCGGUGGGAUGCCCAGCCGGGGAAUGGCUCCCAGGGGUGGCCACAUGAGGGGAGGGCACAUGAGGGGCAGCAGAGGUGGAGCAAUGAGCCGUGGAGGGCCUGCAAACAGAGGUAACAUGCACCGCGGCGGUGGACCCAACCACAGAGGACAAUUUCAGCAGAAAUUCCGCGGUAGAGGAGGCCACCAGCAGAAUCGUGGUGGUUUUGGCAACAAAAACGGGUCUUUCGCCCAAGCCUUCAACCAGAGUUGGCAACAAGGGUUCUGGAACCAGAAGCCAUGGAAUCAACAGUACCACCCAGGAUAUUACUAAGUGCACAUUUGUAUUAAAGACUCAUGGCCUCUGUUGCACUGAGAUGCACAGCCACAGAAUCUCCAUCCACUUUUAAGGUCCUUGUUUAUUGUAAUUUUUUUAAAGGAAGUCCAUUUUUAAAUGAGAAGCAAGUGGCAAACAAACAUUCCGCCUCUGAAGUAAACAGUCUACGUUCUACAUAGAUGUAUGAUGGCUUCACUCUCUCUGAAUUUUUUUUUGUAAAAUGUAUUUCCUCCCCCUUUUAUUUUAUAUCACAGCUUUGAUAUAUUGUUAUAUCAGGAAUCACUGCAUAUGUCUUGCUUUGAAUUUCAGGGUUGUGAAUUUUAUUCUGUAAAAUGUCAUUUUUACUCAAUGUAAAUUAUUAUUUUAUUAUUUUAAGUUUUUGCGUAAGUUGUAGUGUUUAAAAAUCCGUACGGACCUUAAUCUUUUUGACGCUUUUGUCAAUAAUCAUUCAUAUUUGCUCAGCAUAUUUACUCAUGUUCAGUGGAGUGAAAAUAUUGUUCUCAAUUUACUAUUUGCAUAUUCAAGUUUUUAUUUUCUUUGUUAGCCCAGACUGUAACAGUUACUUCAUAGGUUUGCAAUAAAAGAUGUGCUUGCUUUUCUAUGA